AGAGAGAAAAGAAAAGAGGAGAGGAGAGAGAGGGACAACUCACCAGUUGUUGCGGUUCAAAGCGAUCGAGAUCGAGAUCCACACGGAGACGGAGAGAGCGCUAUGGAGAUGGGAUCUCAACUUAUCGACUGUUGCUUCAGCUUAGUCUUGUUCUAUUACUCCGCGAAAUGCAACUACUUUCCCUGAUAAUUUUCUCGGCGUCCAAACAGGGCUCCAUUUCCUGCCUCCUUGCGUUUUUCUCACUCACUCUCAGGACUUUGAAAUCCUUAGGUUUCAGCAUAUUGCUUUCGGUGGUCGUCUAGUGCCUUAUUCUGGGUUUUCUUGAGGAAACCAAAUGGGUUCAAGAUAUCCAUCUCACCAGCUCAGCAAUGGGCUGUUUGUUUCUGGUCGGCCAGAACAGCCCAAAGAAAGGACUCCAACAAUGAGCUCAGUAGCCAUGCCCUACACGGGUGGUGACAUCAAGAAAUCAGGAGAACUGGGGAAGAUGUUUGAUAUUCACACAGAUGGAACUAAAUCAAGGAAGUCUGGCCCCAUACCUGGUGCUCCCUCAAGGACUGGCUCAUUUGCAGCGGCUACACAGUCAGGUUCCAAUGUGCCUAAUGCCACCGGUCGUAUGUCUGGCUCGUUAGGUUCUGCUGGGUCUGCUUCAAUGAAGAAAACAAACUCUGGGCCUUUAUCUAAACAUGGAGAGCCUUUAAAGAAAUCAUCUGGCCCUCAAUCUGGUGGUGCCACACGACAAAAUUCUGGUCCUAUACCUGUACUUCCAGCCACAGGUCUUAUAACAUCUGGGCCCAUUACAUCUGGUCCGCUGAAUUCCUCUGGGGCGCCUAGGAAGGUAUCUGGUCCUUUAGAUUCGUCUGGUUCAAUGAAGAUACAUAUGUCUUCUGUUGUCCACAAUCAGGCGGUAACGACCCUUGGCCCAGAAGAUGAUUUUUCUUGUAUGAAGAGUUUCCCGAAGCCCGUGCUGUGGUUGGUGGUUCUUAUAUUUGUGAUGGGUUUCCUUGCUGGCGGUUUUAUUCUUGGAGCAGUCCACAAUCCAAUUCUCCUCAUCGUUGUCGCUGUCCUGUUCACAGUAGUCGCUGCACUGUUCAUUUGGAAUAUUUGUUGGGGGAGACGUGGUAUCACAGAUUUCAUUGCUCGAUAUCCCGAUGCUGAUCUUAGAACUGCUAAAAAUGGUCAAUACGUGAAGGUCACCGGGGUGGUCACCUGUGGUAAUGUGCCGCUUGAGUCAUCCUUCCACAGAGUUCCCAGAUGUGUGUACACUUCCACCUGUCUGUUUGAGUACCGUGGAUGGGGUUCAAAACCGGCUAAUUCCUCCCAUCGCCGAUUCACUUGGGGAUUGAGAUCAGCUGAGAGACAUGUGGUAGAUUUCUACAUCUCUGAUUUCCAAUCUGGACUCAGAGCGUUGGUCAAAACUGGGAAUGGUGCCAAAGUUACUCCUCUUGUUGAUGAUUCUGUUGUCAUCGACUUCGAACCUGGAAGCGAACAAACAUCCCCCGACUUUGUGAGGUGGUUGGGCCAGAAGAAUCUGUCUAGCGAUGAUCGGAUAAUGCGGCUUAAAGAAGGGUAUAUAAAAGAAGGAAGCACGGUGAGUGUAAUGGGGGUGGUGCAGAGAAACGAUAACGUGCUAAUGAUAGUGCCACCGGCAGAGCCACUGGCAGCCGGGUGGCAAUGGAGGAGGGGCACAUUCCCCGCCAGCCUCGACGGCGUUGUGUUGAGAUGUGAAGACUCAUCUAACGUCGAUGCCAUACCUGUGUAGUAGUAAUCCCCAUUCUCUCUCUCUCUCUCUUCCCUCUUGGUCGCAGGUGAAAUCAUCACACUCUUCACUCAGGUUUCAUUACAUUUUUCAUGAAUCUGGGGAAAGUUCCUUGAUGUGGGGGUUUCGCUUUGCUCUACCGAUUCGUCCUGGUUGAUAUGGUGGUGUUUUUUUUUUCUUUUUUGUAGUGUUUUUAAUUUUUCAAGUUAUUACGGUUAGGAUGAUGGAUGAUGUUUCUCUAAGAUGAAUGAUUUCUUGUCUCGCCUUCGUCUUUGUCUUUUUGCCUUUUGGUUUGUAUAGCUCUUCAGAGGCAUUCUUCUUUUACUUUUUUUAAAUUCUGGACAGGAACCUUUGCGUCUUCUCUAAGGGUGUUCAUCUGUGUUUCUCCUUUUCCUAAAACCUUCUGGUGAAACGAAACACACCCACCACUCUUCGUGUUCGUUUGGGGGGAAAACAAACAUAUUCGUUAUGCUUUGUUCAUUUUUUUUUUUGCUUACAUUGUUAUUAUUA